CAUGUCGGAACGUUAAUGCCGGUGCACCGUCCUUCACGACAUGGCACCGGCUUCUUGUUGAGAUCUCGUCUGAUAUGAGCAGACUGAGGGUGAAGCCGGCCUGAGGUUCCGUCUCUAGAGGAUAUGAACAGCUGAAUCUCAAACAUGCUGCCUGGACUUGUUGCUGUUGCAAGUCGCUCUCUGAAGGGGACUGUGCCUCACUGGAAAGCCACUCUUCACAGAACUUGUUUUCCAUCAAAGGCCAGGGAAUGGCUUCUGGUUCAAAGGGGCACUCACAGAUGGACCUCCGCCCCGUCAUCGAGGAUGAACCAGAGGCCAGUGUUUGUCAGAGCUCCAGCAUUUGGAGAUAAGCUCGCUGUGAUAGACAGCAGUGGCAGCCACAGCUACAAGCAGUUAUACUGCAGCAGCUUAGAUCUUGCAGGUAGAAUCAGCAGCGCUCUCAACUGUGACUUUGCAGGUCUGGAAGGAAAACAAAUCUCCUUCCUGUGUGCUAAUGACGCUUCAUACACAGUGGCACAGUGGGCAGCCUGGAUGAGUGGAGGGACGGCAGUACCACUUUACCGGAAACACCCUCAGUCGGAAUUGGAGUAUGUGAUCUCUGACUCCCAGAGUUCACUGCUGGUGGCGGGACAUCCCUUCGCCGAGAUCCUCGAGCCUCUGGCGCUGAAGCUGGGGCUUCCGUGCCUGACGCUGCCUCCUAUGUCUGACCUGGGCUCUGUAGGUGUGGAAGACACAGAGGACAAGGAGACGUCCAUCACUGACUGGGCGGAUCGACCAGCUAUGAUCAUCUACACCAGCGGAACCACAGGGAGACCCAAGGGGGUUCUACAUACACACAGCUCCAUCCAAGCCAUGGUACAGUGUCUGGUCUCCGAGUGGGCGUGGACCAGAGAUGAUGUCAUCCUCCACACCUUGCCGCUCCACCACGUGCAUGGCAUCGUUAACAAGCUGCUGUGCCCGCUCUGGGUGGGCGCCACCUGCAUCAUGCUGCCUGAAUUCCAGCCUCAGAAGGUGUGGGAGAUGCUGUUGAGCUCUAAGGCUCCCAUGGUUAAUGUGUUCAUGGCCGUGCCAACUAUCUACUCUAAGCUGAUCCAGUACUAUGAUCAGCACUUCACGCAGCCUCAUGUCAAGGACUUUGUCAAAGCCGUGUGCAAAGAAAGGAUCAGAUUAAUGGUUUCGGGCUCGGCUGCUCUCCCUCUUCCCACUCUGCAGCGCUGGGAGGAAAUUACAGGACACACACUGCUAGAACGCUACGGCAUGACGGAGAUUGGCAUGGCACUGUCCAACUCUCUCAAAGGCCCACGCAUCCCAGGGGCUGUGGGGUCACCACUCCCAGGUGUGGAGGUUCGGAUUGUCAUGAAUAAUGCAAGCAACACCACGAUCGCGGAGGGCAGCCACAGAGAGACUCGGGUUCGUGCAGGUAUGGAGGGGAAAGAGGGCGAUCUCCUGGUUCGAGGUCCGUCUGUCUUUCAGGAAUACUGGAACAAGCCUGAGGAGACCAGAGAGUCUUUCACUGAUGGCAACUGGUUCAAAACAGGAGACACAGCCGUCUAUAGAGAUGGAGCGUAUUGGAUCAUGGGCCGAACCAGUGUUGACAUCAUCAAGAGUGGCGGCUACAAGAUCAGUGCUCUCGAGGUAGAGCGCCACCUACUGGCUCAUCCAGCCAUCAUGGAUGUGGCCGUCGUCGGGGCCCCAGAUGCUGUUUGGGGUCAGAAGGUCACGGCAGUGGUGCAGCUGAAGAAGGGCCAGAGUAUGACCCUGCCGGAGCUGAAGGCCUGGGCGAGGGAACACAUGGCUGCCUACACCAUCCCCACAGGCCUGGUGCUGGUGGAGGAGCUGCCCAGGAAUCAGAUGGGCAAGGUCAACAAGAAGGACCUGCUGCGACACUUCUUCCACUGACCGAGUCACCUCCAUGUGUACCACAACAAACAGGUUCCUGGUCACUUCCUGGCUGCUCUCAUCCGGUUCUUAGAUUCAAAUAUCACAGACAAGUGCAGGAAAUACAGAAUAAUGGAUAAACAAUAACAGAAUUACUUAAUUCUAAUGUGUUGAAUGCCAAUUAUCCUGAGAUCCCUUCAUGUCAAAUAAUCUAUUUGAUAUGUAUUUUUUUGAGAAUUUUAAACAGAUCGAAUCCUGAUGGAAAAAUCAUCUGAUGUUGCUUCAAAAAUAGAUUCAAAAUUCUAACUAACCAACAUGGAUGUGUCAGACGCAACCUAAUAUGACCCACUUUUGUAGGGUUUGCAUUGGAAGCAGUGUCUUUUCUUGCCACAAUACUGUAUAACCAGGGUUAGACUAUGUAGUGGUUCAUACUGGAAACAGAAGUCUAUACUCUAGACACAUAAUACGGAUAAAAGACACCUGAUUUAUAAGAGUGUGUUCAACUGUUGACCAACAAAUCAUCCAUUUUUUUAUUUGGAUCUGCACAAAAUUGCGCACACUCAUAAAUAUCAGCCUCCUAAACAUGAUUGAUUUUUGAAUUAUUUUCUGAGAAAUCCACUAAAAUUGUUGCAAAUCUUCCAAUGUUGAAAAAAAGGACUGCAUCCAACGCUGAUCAGCACUAACAUGUAAUGGGGUUUCUCCUUGACCCAUUCCACAACCUUCCACCAAAAUAUAUGGAAAUCCAUUUAGUAGUUUUUGCGUAAUCCUGCUUAAUUACAGACAUAUCCAUGCAGACGUAAACAGAACCCGUUGGUAGAGGUUAAAUGUAAUUACUUUAAACUGAGACGGCUCUUACAUCAUCUAAUCUUUUCGUCUUUAAUGAAAUUAAUUUGAAACUUUUGGUGCAGUUUGUAGAUUGUUCUGUUUACAGUGUGUAAACUGUACAGAAGUGGGACAAACUAUUUGAUACACUCUCCUCAGAGUCCCCCAGCAGAUCGUCUGCUUUGACUCCUGAUCAAAAAAUCCACAAACCCUGCGCAGGAAGUCCAACUUUUCCAAGAAAAGAGUUCAACACAGCGGUACCUCUUGGUAAAGAGUGCUAAGGGUUCUGUUAUUUGUAAAUUCAGAUGUUUUAUUGGUGUGAUCACUUCAUUUUGUUGGUAGAAGUGGUUGAUUACACCCGAACGAAUGGGCUGGAAAAGGAAACAUUGAAAUGUAAUCAGCGGGAAACAUGGUUAAGAUUAAUUUCUUUGCACACACACACAGAUGCACUUGACAUGUUUAUCUGAAAAAUAAAAAAGUUUUUAUAAAA